GUUUACCUAUCUGAUGAUAUACUCGCAAGGUAUUUUUCUAAGCUGUGGGCAUGUAGGGAAAUAUAGGAUGUGGAGAAGUAGGAAAUUGACAGAAGGAAAUCUUUUAGGGAUAGAUUUGCCUUUUUUUUUUUAA